AUGAAAAAUCUUAUCACUCGGAUAAACAAAAGCCUAAGAAAUCUCAGGGCCAAGGCGGCGAUUACACCCAACGACUGGUUCUCCAUGAAGCCCACUGACACCGCGACGGCUCGUUUUUACGGUCUACCGAAGGUACACAAGGCAAAUGUCCCACUCAGGCCAAUCGUAUCCCUUCGUGACACUCCGACGUACGGUUUGGCAAAAUGGAUGUUCGGUCGUCCUAAGGUUUUGGCCGAAGGCUCACCAACAACAGUAACAUCUGUGUAUCAAUACCUCGAAUGCAUAAAACAUCUGAAGUUAGAGCCAGACGAGUCCAUGGUAUCCUUUGAUGUCGUUUCGCUCUUCACAUCGAUUCCACGGCAACUAGCGAUAGACGUUGUGGACCAACCACUGGCAGAGCUUUAUGAGGAAAGACACAAACCCCUGAGGUCUGAGCAUCUGCUCGAGCUUCUGCGAUACUGUCUCAAGACCUAUUUCACUUUCGGUGGACAGAUGUACGAACAAAUAAAAGGCACUCCUGUGGACUCCCCUAUAUCAGGCCUAAUCGCUGAAGUAGUUCCUCAACGGGUAGAACACUUGGUGUUCAACAAGUAUCAACCAAAGUUCUGGGCCCACUAUGUCGAUGACACCUUCGCCGUUGUCAAAACAACUGAUAUAGAGCACCUAAAGGAACUACUGAGCUCGGUUAACCCAGAUAUCCAAUUUACGAUGGAAGCAGAAACAAACAAGCAACUCCACUUUUUUGACGUACUUCUGCGCCGCUGUACCAAUGGACAGCUGCAAGCUACAGUAUUCCGAAAAUCCACCAAAACGAGACAGAUCCUACACUUCAACAGCAACCAUCCUCUGUCUCACAAACGUAGUUGUGUCCGCACUCUAUUCCAAAGAGUCGAAACACACUGCAGCACGCCAGAAGAUAAAAGGGCCGAACGAUUGUACCUUGUGAACCUAUUUUCAGCCAAUGGUUAUCCCAGACAUUUCAUUGAGAGAAGCAGACGACGGCCAAAUGAGCAGCAACCCGCAGUCUGGAGGGCCAUUCCCUACGUCAAAGGGGUCUCUGAAGCGGUCUCGCGACUGGUACAACCUACCAGAGUAGGCGUAGCCCAUCGACCCCAAGGAACAAUUCGACGUCGCCUGAUGCAACCCAAGGAUGCACUGCCACCCGCUGAAACCUCAGCAGUCAUUUACAAAAUAAAUUGCAAUGAGGGCGACUGCAACUAUGCGGGCGAAACUGGGCGGAAAUUGCAAACUCGCCUACAAGAGCACAAAUCGGCCACUCGGAGGUUAUACCCUAGCUCUCAACUAGCAACACAUGUUGGAGAAACAGAGCAUACUUUUGACCUCCAGAGGUCUACCAUCUUAGGCCGAGGCAACACAAAAGCCGAACGGCUAACUUUCGAGGCGUGGUUCUCCGAUGCCCAAUCUAUCAACAGGCAUCUGGACCUUCCUGCAGCUUACAAAGUCCUGCGUCAUCACAAUCGUAGAGCUCAGGACCAAACAACCACGCCGGACUUAAGAAACCCCUACGGAGAUAGCCUGACGCUGAGUUUACUCGGUGAGGAAGAACAAGAACCGCCAGACCGACCGCCCGACAGAGGUUCACGGAGCUCCAAUCGACGGAGUGGUGACUCACAAAGCACACAGGCAAAACGCCCGUUCACCAUCUCCCGAAAGGCUGAGGCAGCGAGAGGAGAAAAAAGGUCGAUCAGCAUAAAGCCGACCAACACAAGAUGCCACUUUAAAUUAAACUUCUGA